UUUGCCUGUAGAGGAGCAUCCCUGUGACCGAGGCUUCAUUUACUUCUCUGUGAUAAAUAACGCGUUGAUCUUCAAUAUAUACAUAUCUAUGUAAAUUUGUGUGUUGUGUGUCUUUAUUUUACAUAAAUAUGACGACGGCAGGAAGACACAAUGGAAGAGUGAGUGGCUAAGACUUGUUGAUGUACUCGACUUCUAGACGGUCAGCAGUGUGCUGUACAGGGAGAAGACGGGAUUUUUUAAGCACAGCUUUUUUUCUAUUAAAUACAGGACAGUUGACAAGGAUAUAUGACAAAACAUCUCCAGCAUCACGUUUUCUUUUCAGGCGUUGUGAAAAUAAGCGGAGCUUACCUUUAAAUCAGCGCCUUAUAAGAAGGUUCGGUGUCGCUUCCGCUCCUGGGAGUCUCCUAAAGUUUAUUUAUUUUCACGCUGCAGUCACACGGGUCAGACGUCAUUUUCACAAGAGACAGUUCCGUUUGUAUUACAUGUGAUUCCGAAAUCUUUAGUUCGCCGCUUGCCUGAUGUUACUUUGCUCGUCAAUCUUAAAGAGUUAAAUCUCAUUUUGAAACCUUGUGCUUUUUUUAAUGAUGCCUAGAGUGAAGUGCAAGCUUAAGACCAGUUAGAGCAAAAUGCGUUUAAGCCUUUGUCUUUCAGAGAAGUUUCAGAAACACAGGUGAGCUAUUCUUGCUGUCUGUCAAGUUAACAAUUUAGAGUCUGGGCCGGCAAUAAAGAUGAUGACAACGCCAAAGACAAGCCGAUCAGAGUUGACGGUCACUUGCAGUCGCAGUCUUUUAGCGAAGUGGCGUGGUUCGCAGGAUAACCUGAUGAAUAUCUAAAAAAUAAAUAGACAUAUUCACCAUCGUGGCAAAACGAGCGCCCAGCCGUUUAAAACUAUCAGCAAUUGCAUCUGCUUCGUUAGGUGCCUGAUCUUACGCGACGUGAUGGGUGUCGCUAUCCAGCGUUCUGAAUUCUACAAAAGGAGUCAAGCAAUCAAUGGAAAUGUACCAGUUCACAAAUAUGCCAACUGCUUUAAAUGAAGAUCGGCUUGCGAUUUAAAUUAUCUACAGACAGUAUUGUCUGUUUGGGACUCUUUGGAUAUAUGCAAAUAUGACCAGUAUUUCAAAAAAGCCUUAACCAAUCGAGGCGUCCUCCUUUUUAAGUUUGGGAUUUAUUUACUUGAGAUGUGUUUCUUUUUCUUUACAUAUCACCUGUAACGAGUUAAAAAUGGGAAAAUGUGGACAUGUACCCUUCGAAGGAAAGUACAAAGAGAGGGGACCUUAUUAAAAGCUUGCAUACGAGCUUAUAAAGAAAACCCUAAUAUAAAUAUUGUUCAUUGUGGAAGCGAGGACUUCUGUUACUUUUUCUCUCAACAAUGGGUCAGUGAAGAUUACAGAGACCGAAAAGGUAUUCUGGACCGGAGCCUCACUCUUGGAGCCCGUUGUCUGUCAGUGUUUGUAUCUCACAGGUGACUUUUUUUACGUGCCAUGGCAGCGGCUAUUGCCAGCGGUUUGAUCCGGCAAAAGAGACAGGCUCGGGAACAGCAUACGGACCGCCCAUCCGCUAACCGGAGGAGAAGUAGCCCCAGCAAGAAUCGGGGUCUCUGCAAUGGGAACCUGGUGGAUAUUUUCUCUAAAGUCAGAAUCUUUGGCCUUAGAAAAAGGAGGCUACGAAGGCAAGAUCCCCAGCUCAAGGGUAUAGUGACCAGGUUAUACUGCAGGCAAGGUUACUACUUGCAAAUGCACCCCGAUGGAUCUCUCGAUGGGACCAAGGAAGACAGCAGUAAUUCUACUUUGUUCAACCUUAUACCAGUGGGACUCAGAGUUGUUGCAAUUCAGGCUGUGAAGACAGGAUUAUACAUAGCCAUGAAUGGAGAAGGAUACCUGUACACAUCAGAACUUUUUACACCAGAGUGCAAGUUUAAAGAAUCUGUAUUUGAAAAUUAUUAUGUGAUUUACUCAUCCAUGCUGUACAGACAACAAGAAUCUGGCAGGGCAUGGUUCCUAGGUCUUAACAAAGAAGGCCAAGUCAUGAAGGGAAACCGGGUAAAGAAGACGAAACCAGCUGCUCAUUUUUUGCCCAAGCCAUUAGAAGUUGCCAUGUACAGAGAGCCAUCAUUGCAUGAUGUUGGGGAAACAGUUCCGAAGGCUGGAGUGACUCCAAGCAAAAGCACAAGUGCGUCUGCAAUAAUGAAUGGUGGGAAACCCGUUAGCAAGACGAGCAAGACGACAUAG